UUUUCGCUGCUGUCAAAUUUUCCAAUUGACAAGCGCGGUGCCAAUUUCUGUCCAAGUUUUUGUGUAUUCUCUCUGAUAAAAAAUUGUGUGUUUUUAUAAGAUUUUCUUAAACGAAUUCGUGCAAAAAUUCUAAAGUUGCAUUGGCGUACGUCUAAGAAUCUUGAAUAAAAUGAAAGUGCAUUAAAAUAUAUAAAUUUAUAAGCGCAGUACGCAAAUAAAAUUUGCAGUCAAGCGGCAGACACAACCAACCGUCUUCUUGGUGACAGACCGAAAAUCGAUUUUUCAUGCGGGUUCAUAGAAAAAUUUUCGCUACUCUUUUAUUCGGCCGACGUUUAUUAAAGUGACCAAACAAAAAUCCCGAGAAAAACAUAAUUUAUCGGCAACCGGCUUAUUCAUAUAAGGGAUAUAAUAAAUAGUUCAUAAGUAAAAAGUAUAUAAAAACCAUAUAAAGCGUAAGCAAAACACCAACAACAACACGCAGAGCAUCAAAAUUAUACCUUUGACCAGAAUCACAGUUUCCUCAGCCAACAGCGCUUGCAAAAUUUGCGGCUAAAUCAAUAAUCCAUCAUUUUAACACCCGAGCCAGAAGUCAGUCAACACGCAUAACAACAAAUCGAAUCAGAGCGUUUUGCAUUGCCAUUUUUUGGGAGAAAAUAACAAAAAUAAAUCGCAUUACAAAGCGCAGCACCAUACCCAAACCAUAAAUCGUAGAGCACAUUCACUAUAACUCGACCGUUAUUUAUUUGCAACGAAAAAAUGAACGUGUGAAUUGGAAAAAAAAUUAAAUUAAAAAAAAUCUACCACAACAACCAAACACCAAAUAUAAAACAUUUCAACCGUAACAACCAAAACGGAGGAGAACAAACCAAAAGCAAUGAGUUCCCGACACUAUACCAUCGAAGUGGGGGAUACGAAUUUUACAAUUCUUAAUCGGUAUACAAAUCUAAAACCGAUUGGCUCUGGUGCUCAAGGCAUCGUUUGUGCCGCCUAUGAUACAGUGACCGAGCAAAAUGUUGCCAUUAAAAAGUUAUCACGACCAUUCCAAAAUGUAACACAUGCUAAACGGGCUUAUAGAGAGUUUAAGUUAAUGAAAUUAGUAAACCAUAAGAAUAUUAUUGGAUUACUUAAUGCAUUUACACCUCAACGUAGUUUGGAAGAAUUUCAAGAUGUUUACCUUGUUAUGGAGCUCAUGGAUGCAAAUCUAUGUCAAGUCAUACAAAUGGAUUUAGAUCAUGAUCGUAUGUCAUAUUUGCUAUAUCAAAUGUUAUGUGGUAUAAAGCACUUACACCUAGCCGGCAUAAUACAUAGAGAUUUGAAACCAUCAAAUAUUGUCGUUAAAGCCGAUUGCACAUUAAAAAUUUUAGAUUUUGGUUUGGCACGUACCGCCGGUACGACUUUCAUGAUGACACCAUAUGUUGUUACCCGUUAUUAUCGUGCACCCGAAGUUAUUUUGGGUAUGGGUUAUACAGAGAAUGUGGAUAUUUGGUCUGUGGGCUGUAUAAUGGGUGAAAUGAUAAGGGGUGGUGUAUUAUUCCCCGGCACUGAUCAUAUUGAUCAAUGGAAUAAGAUUAUAGAACAAUUGGGUACUCCGUCUACAUCAUUUAUGCAACGUUUGCAACCAACUGUCCGUAAUUAUGUUGAAAAUCGGCCACGUUAUUCCGGUUAUUCAUUCGAUCGAUUAUUCCCAGAUGUACUUUUCCCAAAUGAUAAUAACGAGCAAAGUCGACGGAAGGCAUCCGAAGCACGUGAUUUACUUAGUCGUAUGUUGGUGAUUGAUCCCGAACAACGUAUUUCGGUUGAGCAAGCACUAUUACAUAGUUAUAUAAAUGUUUGGUAUGAUGCUGAGGAGGUAAAUGCCCCAGCACCCGAACCAUAUGACCAUAGCGUUGAUGAAAGGGAACAUACCGUUGAACAAUGGAAGCGGCUUAUUUACGAAGAAGUUAUGGAUUAUGAGGCACACAACACCAAUGCGCCCGUAAAUACUACACGGUAGACCCUGAAUUAAUUAGGCAUGGCAUACUAAUGCUUCUGAGCAACUCUUAAUGUAUAUAAAAUAUAAGAACAAUAAAAGCAUUAAUACUUUCAAAAUGAUAAGCAAAAUAAUAAAAUAAAGUAAAUAAACGAAAUAAAAAUAUUAGAGAUCAGCUUGUUUCGCCUCUCAAAAAAAAAACCAAAACAAAAAACAAAAUAUAUAUAAAAAUGGGAUGAAAAAAUGAAUGUUCUUAUUUGCAAAAGUGCGUAAAGUGGAUAGUAAUCUUUUUCUAGCAAAAGUGUAAGAUUUUGAUUGAUGAAUAAAAAGAAAAAAAGAAAAUAAAUAAAGAAAAUGUAGAAAUGGCGAAUGUAAUGAAAAGAGUACAAUACAUUAAUAUUUCUAACAAGUAUUUGCUACAUAAAAUAUAAAUAAUUACAAGGAACGCAAAAUUAUUUGACAAAAACGUAGUGAGUGUAAUAAUACUUUUAUUGGAAAAUAAAUAAAUAACCCCGAUAUCUUAAAA